GUCCAAGUCGAGCAGGUGGCCGGGCGAGCGCUCACGUUACAUGGCACGAUGCUGCUGCUGCUGCGCUCCUAGCUCUCCAAGACGCGCAACAGCCACUCACUUUCCAACAAACGCGCAAUCUGUGUUCCCUCCCUCCCCAUCCUAUGUUAUCUUUACGUAGGGGACAGCCUGAAUCCAAGUUAUGCUCGCAUGCAUGGCACCACAGCUCACAUUCUGCUGCGGGCGCUAUUUUUAGGGAAUUAAAUGUGAUAAGCGCCAGGGUGUGUUUUUAGACCAAGAAUGUCUACGUAGGGCAAACUAAACCCAUGCCACUAAUAUUGCUGCAUGUCGGGCAUAACACGGUACGUAAAUAAGUUUCCAAGUCUACAGUGUACACAAACAUGGAUACAAUUAGGUUAAUGCACACUUAUUUCAUAUGCAGAGGCUCCAAUAACACAACACAGUAAAAAGCGGGGAUUUUAUCACAUUGCGUUGGAUGCAAAGGAUGCUAAACUGUCUCAUCUCUCACCUGGUGAAAACUUAUGGCCCUGUGUGUGCUGGGAGUGUCUGCCUACCUCAGGGAUCAGCUGAACAAUGUGCUUACCUUAACCGCCGACACCAGACUGGAGGAGGCAGCCGUUCGCACAUACUCCCCCGUGGUCCAUCCUGUCGUCAUCGCCGUGUGCUGUUUUCUAAUCAUCGUGGCCAUGGUGGGUUACUGCGGCACGCUCAAGUGCAAUCUGCUCCUACUGUCUUGGUAUUUUGGCAGUCUGAUGGUGAUAUUCUGCGUGGAGCUGGCCAGUGGAGUGUGGACAUAUGACGAGCCUAUGGUACAGAGGUCUGAUAUGAUAAGUCUAAAGUCACGCAUGCCUCAUUUUGGCCUGCAGCGUUACCAGUGGCUGACACACGCCUGGAAUGCUUUACAGACAGAGCUGAAGUGUUGUGGAGUGAUCUACUUCACUGAUUGGCUGGAAAUGACAGAGAUGGAGUGGCCACCUGACUCCUGCUGCUCCAAUCAGUAUCCAGGCUGUGCUCGCCAGGCCCACUAUAAUGACCUCAGUGACCUUUACCAGGAGGGCUGCGGUCCCAAGAUCUACAGUUUUAUCCGGGGCACCAAGCAAUUACAGGUCUUGAGGUUUUUGGGUGUUUCGAUCGGAGUGGCCCAGAUCUUAGCCAUGACUCUGACAGUGACUCUUCUAUGGGCUCUCUAUUAUGACCACAAACCACCUGAGCCGGCAUCAGCUGAUGCCUUAAUCCACACACACAGUCCCACCGAAGACCCUCUGAAGGUCAGCCACUCACACCCAAGAGCGUCCGAAGCCUGGGCAAACACACCCGCCAAUGGACAUACCCAAUUCGAGAUGGAGCAACUUUCCUAGCAGUAACUGUAUGGCAGUGGAGGCAGUAAAAAUGAUGCUCAUGCCCCACUGACACUAAACUGAACGGACAGCAGCGAAACUGGAUCAUAGUAGUUUCUGGGUGCUUGGAUGACAAGAUUUCUGUAGUGAACAGAUGGAAAACUCUAUAUGUCUGUGGAUAAAACAUUUUUGUGGACAUUAUAAGGAAAGAUGAAGAGGAUUUACUGAGUUUUUCCCAAAUAAAGGCAUUGCCUUGGUCUCUAUAGAGUAGAGUUCUCUAGAGGGAAGUUUCCGGAAUGAAUUUUUUAUUAUUAUUCCUCCUCUCAACAGGAUGGGACUUUUCCACCACAUAUAGUGACCUAGUUACUAACCACUAAGCUAACUGGGUGCUCACUUUGUUACUGUAUUUUGCUUGUGUGAGACAAGAAUUGGGAGACUCUUGGCCUUUGAAGCCACAAAAAAAAAAAAAAAAUUAUAAAGAGACCUCUCUACA